UUCCAUGGACACAGCCCCAGCCCCGAUGGGCUCCCUUCAGCACUGCUGUUGCCAGCUGCCUAAGAUGGGUGACACCUGGUCCCAGCUGCCCUGGCCUGGGUCCUCUUGCCCAACCAUGCUGCUGGUCUCCCUCUUCUUGGCAGCUGGGGUGAUGCACUCAGAUGCUGGCACCAGCUGCCCUGUCCUUUGCACGUGCCAUAACCAGGUGGUGGAUUGCAGCAGCCAGCGGCUAUUCUCCGUGCCCCCAGACCUCCCAAGGGACACUCACAACCUCAGCCUGGCCCACAACCGCAUCGCAGCCGUGCCGCCCGGCUACCUAACGUGCUACAUGGAGCUCCGGGUGCUAGAUUUGCGCAACAACUCCUUGAUGGAGCUGCCCCGGGGCCUCUUCCUCCACGCCAAGCGCUUGGCACACCUGGAUCUGAGCUACAACAACCUCAGCCACGUGCCAGCUGACAUGUUCCAGGAAGCCCAUGGGCUCGUGCACAUCGACUUGAGCCACAACCCGUGGCUGCGUAGGGUGCACCCACAGGCCUUCCAGGGCCUGGUGCAGCUCCGAGACCUGGACCUCAGCUACGGGGGCCUGGCCUUCCUCAGCCUCGAGGCUCUCGAGGGCCUACCGGGGCUGGUGACCCUGCAGAUCGGCGGCAACCCUUGGGUGUGCGGCUGCACCAUGGAGCCCCUGUUGAAAUGGCUACGGAACCGGAUCCAGCGCUGUAUGGCGGAUUCUCAGCUGGCUGAGUGCCGAGGCCCCCCUGAAGUCGAGGGCGCCCCACUCUUCUCCCUCACUGAAGAGAGCUUCAAGGCCUGCCACUUGACCUUGACCCUUGAUGAUUACCUCUUCAUCGCGUUUGUGGGUUUUGUGGUCUCCAUCGCAUCUGUGGCCACCAACUUCCUACUGGGCAUCACAGCCAACUGCUGCCACCGUUGGAGCAAGGCCAGCGAAGAGGAAGAGAUCUGAUGUGGGUGCCUGGUGUCCCUCCAUGCUGCUGACCACCACUGCCACUGAUCACCAGACACCCUCCCUGGGUGCCCACUCUGGCUCCAUGGUGUCCUGGCCACCUCUGUCAUGGCUCAAGCAAGGUCAGAAAACUACCUUUGUGUGAGCUCCUACUGUGCGCCAGCACUGCACUAGAAUUGGAAAUGCUAGAUGAAUCUGACCUAGCCCCUGCGUUCAAGGCACUUACCUCUAAUAGAGGAGAAAGAUUUGAAAACUAUUCCCUUUAAGACAAUUUGUUGGCACUCUGAGCACAUAGUUAUGGAAGCCCAGAGGAAGGGUCAUCAACUGUGCCUAGAAAAGUCCAAGAGAAUUACAAGAGUGGAGGUGAUUUGUGAACUGAGUCAUCAAAAAAUGUCUGCUUUUUCAAGUAGACAAAGAAGGGCAGAUAUAAGCAAAUGACAGAGGCCAGAAUAUGCAUAGUGUGUUGAGAGCAGUGAACAAUCCCUUGUGACUUAAGUGUACAGAGUGAGAGUGGCAGAGGACCAAAACUUUCCCACUGACACCCAGUCUGUCAGCUCUUAGCGUUGCCCACCACCGACUUGGAGGCUGAGAACACAUACAUGCCAGCCCCCUGGCCUCCUCCUACCAGCAGCUACCAGGUGAGACCACCUCCCAUUGACUGCUCCCCAUACUACAUCACCAAUUGUAGCGUGCUGGCAAGGUCCCAGGCAGAUAGCAAGCUGAGGAUGGAUGCCUUCAGUGCCCUGUCUCCUAACCCUGUCUCAUGCCUCUCA